AUGAGCACCUUGACUCACCCUCAAGUGACGGUGAGCCCAAGAGUGCCAAAAUGAGGUUGUUGUUUUUGCGACCUAGGACUCCAACUUCGUUUCAUCUACCUCUCACCCACUCCUCCCCCGCUCGAGCUGGCAGCUAUGGAUAGACUCGCAUUGAGGUUGGCCGGGUUCCGACCUUGGACGGCGACGAACAAACCAUGGCAGCGACGAAUCUCUCCCUUGGCGACUCUGCAAUUCUCACACAGAGCUCGAUGGAACUCCACUUCCAGUCCGCCUUCCUCUCCCUUUCCUGUCUUCCGACACGUCAACCAACUACGCGCUGUGCGCAGGAAGCUCCUCCUUCAAGGACGCACUGUGGGCUUCGUCCCAACUAUGGGGGCUCUACACGAAGGUCACCUCUCCCUCGUACGCCACGCUCUUCAAGAGAAUACCGACGUCUUCAUUUCUAUUUUCGUCAACCCCACCCAGUUUGCCGCCCAUGAGGAUCUCGAUUCCUACCCGGUCACCUGGAACGAAGACAUGGAAAAGUUGAAAAAGCUCCAACAGGAACACAUCAUGACUGUAGGCCAAUCGCAAAGACCUGGAGCGAUACGGGGUGUCUUUGCGCCCACUGUCAAGACCAUGUAUCCUACACUCCCACCCACUUCAGACAUCGCCGGCCCUGGCUCCUUUGUCACCAUCACACCCCUUGGGUCUCAACUCGAGGGAGCAUCGCGCCCGAUAUUUUUCCGUGGCGUGGCGACAGUCUGCACAAAACUGUUCAACAUCGUCCAAGCUGACCGCGUCUAUUUUGGUCAGAAAGAUAUCCAACAAUCAAUACUCAUCAAGCGUAUGGUAAAGGAUUUCCAUAUUCCCACCGAAGUCCGCGUCGUGCCAACGGAAAGAGAACCGGAUGGAUUGGCCAUGAGCAGUCGGAAUGUCUAUCUCGGUAACCGGCGAAGGGAGGAUGCUACGGUGUUAUCCAGGGCGCUUUUUGCGACGCGUGAUCUUUACAACGCCGGAGUGUUGGACGUGAGGCGUCUGCGCCGAGCCGCAUUCAACGUCUUUGAGGAGGAUGCCACAAGAGUUCGAAGCGAUGGCCGAGAGGGUUCGAGCGGUCGCAUCGAGAUCGACUAUAUUGCAAUGAGCGAUCCGGAUACAAUGGGAACCAUUAUGGACGACAAAAAAGUCAAUCCACGCAUCGGCGCCGUCGUCAGCGCCGCGAUGAUCGUCUCGCCCGUCGACAAGCCCAAAACACAAGAGGAACUGAAUCAGCGCAGCGUCAGACUCAUCGACAACGUGAUUCUAGAACCCCGCAUAAAUCGGAAAGAGCGAAAGCACCUCAGACAGCAUGCUGCGAACCCUGGGAAGUUUCGCAAGGUGCCGCAACUGAGCAUUCGGAAGGUCGCUCAGGGAAAAUCGGAAGAGCCCAAGCCAGAGGAACAGGCUGGCGAUUUGGAAGGAGCAAAAAUCUAAGUACCGAAGCAAUGAAGCGCAGCGUGAGCAUAUUCGAACAGCGGGAAUGUGCGUGGCCGGAAAAAGUGCUGUCAGUAGAUAUCCCACAAUGAAAUUUUGCCGUCUUUGCCGCCAGCGGCUAGCCAAUGUGUCCGUCGAGCCUUUUCUUCCCGUUGUUGCUUUAUCAUGUCGACUGCAUUCAUAGGUUUUGUG